AUGGCCGAGAUUGAGCAGGGCCGCUUAGGCAAAACAAAAUACGAUGAGGAAAACAACAACUCCAAAGUCCCAGACAUUGCACAGGGAAAUCUUGCCAGUGUCAUUCCUCCCCAUGAGUCCUAUGAAGGAUACCAUCGCUUUGACCCGUCCGCUACUUGGACCGCCCAAGAGGAGAGAAACGUUGUAUUCAAGACAGAUUUGAUGCUGUUGUCAUUCAUUUGCCUUAUGUUUUUUGGUCUCCAACUAGACCGUGGAAAUCUAUCGAAUGCCCUCACGGACAACCUCCUCGUUGAUUUGGGAAUGACAACUAACGAUUACAACAAUGUGAGAAGAGAAAAUGUCAAGAAAAUGGGCAUGCAUACUAAUCUUUUAAAGGGCACGACUAUCCAGUUGAUCGCCUUCCUAUCGACAGAAAUUCCGGUGCAGCUCCUCAUCAAGCGCUAUGGCUUCAAUCGAAUCCUUCCUUUCAUGAUGAUCGGCUGGAGCUUGGUAUCAUGGACGCAAGCCUGGAUUACAGGUCGUGCUUCGUUUUACAUCACCCGCGCUUUGAUUGGCGCCUUUGAAGGUGGUUUCAUUCCGGGGACGAUCUUGUUUGCGACUUAUUUCUAUAAAACACGCGAACUAUCCGUGCGCCUGGCAUUCUUUUGGUCGACACUCAAUGUCGCCCGUAUUAUCUCCUCCCUUCUCGCAGCAGGUAUUCUCCAGAUGCGAGGAGUCCAGGGAAAAACCGGCUGGUUCUGGUUGUUCCUGAUCGAAGGGCUGCUCACCUUCAUGAUCGGUGUUGUUAGCUUGCUCUAUUUACCCAGCUCUCCAACAAAUACCAAAAGCUUUCUCAUCCCUAGGCCAUGGUACACGGAACGCCAGGAGGUGAUCAUGGUUAACCGUCUCCUCCGCGACGACCCUUCGAAGGGGCUCACUAAUAUCCAAGAACAUGCCAGUCUCCAGGACCUCCUGGACGCCUGGUGUGACAAAUCGAUGUGGGGCCUCUACUUGAUCGGCCUCAUUGCAUACAUCCCGCAGGGCCCGGUCCAGUCCUACCUCUCCCUGACCCUCAAACGCCUCGGAUUUACAACCUUUGACGCGAACAUGCUUUCGAUUCCCUCGGCCGCACUACAGAUCAUCCUCAUGCUUGCCCUCUGCAAGAGCAGCGAGGUUCUCAAAGAACGUACCUUCCACUGCCUCUUCGGCGAGCUGUGGUCUCUGCCUCUGCUGGCAGCGUUGAUCGCCCUGCCGAACGGCGGCUACAACUGGCCGCGCUUCACAAUCAGCACCCUGAUAUCAGGAUAUCCGUAUUUCCACCCGAUCGUGUCUGCAUGGAUCUCCGAGAACACAUUCGAUGUCAAAAAGAGAGCCCUCACGGCAGCGACGUAUAAUGUCAUUGUGCAGAUUGGAUCAGUAAUUUCGUCCCAAAUCUACCGCAGCAGCGACGCUCCGUACUAUCAUACCGGAAACAAAGUCCUCAUUUCGCUAUGCGCGUUAGCGCUGGUCGUCUUCGUCCUCCAGCGUGAGCUCCUGCGCUAUCUCAACCGCCAGAAGGAGAAAAAGUGGAAUUCUAUGUCACCCGAGGAGCAAGGGCUGUACCAAGCCGAUCGAGUCGCCAGGGAAAAGGAGGGCAACAAACGGCUAGACUUUCGCUUUUCGUACUAA